GUUAACAGAGAAGAAAGGAAAAGAAGCAAAUAUUGGUUUUGGUGGGCCAGUUGUUAGUUCUCUCUAUCACGAAGAAAUCAUCAGGGAAGAAGACAAAAAUAUAUUUGAUUACUGCAGGGAAAACAACAUUGACCAUAUAACCAAAGUCAUCAAAUCGAAAAACGUGGAUGUGAAUAUGAAAGAUGAAGAGGGCAGAGCCCUCCUGCAUUGGGCAUGUGAUCGGGGACAUAAGGAACUAGUCACAGUCCUGUUACAAUACAGAGCUGACAUUAACUGUCAGGACAAUGAAGGUCAAACAGCUCUACAUUACGCUGCUGCCUGUGAGUUUGUGGACAUCGUGGAGCUGCUGCUCCAGUCUGGCGCCGACCCCAUGCUCCGAGACCAGGACGGCUGCCUGCCGGCGGAGGUGACAGGCUGCAAGGCCGUGUCGCUGGUGCUGCAGCAGCACACCGCGGGCGAGGCUUGAUCAGAAGGCCGGAAAGCCACAGCCUGCAGCAGCACGGGGCUCCGGCGAUGGAAGAAAACUGCGGAAAUAAUACUCCUUUCACCACCCAUCUUUGGUGUACACGGCUAAUAAAGUCAGUUCUGAGGAACGGGG